GAAAUGACUAGAAAUUGUUAGUUGUCUAUAUUUUAUUGUAACAACAUGAGCGAAAAUCAGAAUCAACGACGUGUAAAAACCGAACAAUCCAGAAAAGAAGGUCGUUUUUGCAGGAUAAUAAUGGCCUUUUUCUACGCCUUUUUAAAUUGUGUGAGAUACUACAUAGAUUUAUUAAUUGAUGCUGCUUUUGGUUACUACUAUGACCCAACAAGACAAUGCAUACCAAAAGUGAAAAAUAAAAUAAUAUUAGACAGCGCUACAACGUUAGCAACAAAAAUUAGAAAAGGGGAGUUAAAAUCUGAGGAAGUUGUUGAAGCUUUCAUCGAUAGAAUCAAAGAAGUGAAUGGUAUAAUUAAUGCCGUUGUUGAUGAUAGAUUUGAGGAGGCUUUACAAGAGGCAAGAAAAAUUGAUAAGGACAUUGAAACUGGUAACAUAAUCGAUGCUGAUUUUCAAGCAAAACCAUUCUUAGGGGUUCCUUUUACUGCCAAAGAGUCUACUUCAGUUAAAGGCAUGUCAAACACAAUGGGGCUGAAGAUUCGCCAAGGAAAAAAAGCUAAAUAUGAUGCAGAUAUAGUAGAAAAUGUUAAAAAAUCUGGGGCUAUAUGCAUAGGUGUGACAAAUAUACCCCAGAUGAAUUAUUGGCAAGAAACGGGAAAUCCCUUAUUUGGUAUCACAAAAAAUCCUUAUAAUACAACCAGAAAUGUUGGGGGGUCUUCUGGGGGAGAAGCCAGCAAUUUGGCAGCUUGUGGGACAGCUAUAAGUAUUGGCUCAGACAUUGGUGGUUCUAUAAGAAUACCAUCAUUUAUGUGCGGUGUAUUCGGGCACAAACCUACAACAGGUUUAAUAUCAACUAAAGGGUUGUCGUUUAGAGACGGCAAAGAAACCCAGACGAUGGUAACUGCCGGCGUUAUGAGCAGGCACGCCGAAGAUUUGGCACCACUGCUCAAAGUUUUACUGGGUACCAACGCGGCAAAACUGAAAUUGGACACCCCUGUAGAUUUGAGUUCCCUCAGGGUGCUUUUCGUCGUUGACCCGCAAGAUCCUUUUGUUAGCCCCUUUAGGCAGGAAAUCAAAGAUUCCAUUUGGAAAAUUGUCAGCUUUAUGAGAGAUGAGUGCAACGAACCGCCCACAGCCGUGAAUUUCAAACAAUUCAGAUACACCACGAAGCUGUGGAGAUUCUGGAUGGGUCGGGAAGAGACCGACUUCAAAAGCGACCUAACGGACCAAAACGGAAAAAUCGCCGUUAUACCCGCCAUAUUGAAGCACUUCCUGUUUAUGAGCAGCGAUUACAGCACCGGCACCGUCUACAAUUUAAUAAGCGAUUUGUUCCCAAAAGUGGACGAAACCUGGGCCAAAGAAGAGACCGAGGACUUGAAGAAAGCCUUAACUGACAAACUCGGCGAUAAGGGGGUGCUAAUCUUUCCUUCGGCCCCUUUCACGGCCAGCUAUCACCACACAGCUCUUCUGCGUCCCUACAAUUUCAAUUUGUUCUCUAUUUUCAACGUGCUCAAGUUCCCUGUGACCCAGGUACCAUUGGGACUCGACAGUCAAGGUUUACCUCUGGGAGUGCAGGUGGUUUCCGCUCCACACAACGACCAUUUAACCAUCGCGGUGGCAAAAGCCUUGGAGAAGCAGUUUGGAGGGUACGUUCCCCCAUUUAGUGCCUCUUGAAUUGGUUCGAGUUUUUUCAUUGGGUUUUGUGCGACUGGUUUAUAUUUUUAUACUACUUUAUACUAUUCUCUGGUGAUAUUGAAACAGUAUACAAGGUGUUUGUUGGCAUUUUUAGGGGCCACCGGAUAUAAGGCUAAUAAUUUAUUUUGAUGUUGUUAAAUAAAAAAAUUACCCA